AUGGCCGAGACGAGUGACCAAGAUAUGACUGAAGGCCAGACUGCCCAGACAUCAUCAUCAUCAAGUUCACUGCCCACUUCAACAGCAGAUCAAUGCAAAUAUGUGAGUUACGUUGAUCUUUUAGAAUACUGUAUUCCCGGUGGAUUUUUCGUAGUUACAGCAGAUAAAAUGAUAAGAAAUAAAGUUAAUGAAUCCCUAUCGAAG